AUGGCGGUUGUCUCUACUCCAAAGUUGCUAGGCCAAGGGCUCGGUGACCCAGUGUUGCUGAAUAAGAUUGAUCGGCUCCUAGCUUGCAACCUCUCUGAAUACGUUAACUUGCCUCAGCUUGUUGUGGUGGGAGACCAGUUUAGUGGGAAAAGCUCUGUUCUUGAGGGUCUUACAAAAUUGCCGUUUCCCAGAGACAGCGGGCUGUGCACACGAUUUGCUACUCAUAUCAUCUUUCGGCGCACCAGAGCCGACACGAAAAGAAGCGGUGCCGAGGAAAAUGUCAUCGACUUGGUGGAAGGCAAAACCCCUUCCUUGAAGCUUGGCUGGAUUGUUUCGAGGUCCAAUUCUUCCGCGAAGAUUACCCAUGGAAUGGACCUUCCGAGAGACAAAGUUGGCAUUGCUGGCCUCAAGAUUCGCCUGCAAGAUGUGCAAACCACCCAAAUUCGUCGCCAGUUCCCCAAGGCAUGUCACAUGCGCACCGAGGUGGGCCAAAAGUUGAAGGCCAUGGAGCAGGAUCUCUAUGCUCUUGGUACCGAGCGAGGUAAUCCAGAGCGGCAGAGAAGCUUUAUACUCGACAUUGUAACGAAGUUUCAAGAUAUUGUCUCGCAGGCCAUGGCAACUUCGUAUGGCACACAUGAACUGUUUGAGAGAUAUCCAGAUGCUCGACUUGCAACCAUAGUCAGAAACCGCAUGGAUAUUUUCAAGUCCGACAUGGAAAAUGACGGCAACAAUAACGGAAAUGGUGAUGGCGAGGACGAUGGGAGGGUCGAUGAGGUUCCUGUUCGUAAGAACAUGAAUGCUUCAGAUCACUGUGGCGCCAUUGAUGGUACUCUCUUCGAACAGGAGCAUAUGAAAAAGCCAACAGGUGAUAGCAUCCUAUCUGGAAAAUGGACCGAACUCGCACUCGGAUAUGUCAGCGAUGUGAUUGAUAUCAUGCAUACAUUCAUUCUCGAAGUCCUUCUAUUUAUCUGUCCCGAGGAGCAAAUCCGCGACAAGUUAGUGAGUGUUCCCGUUGACGAACUCUCCAAGAGAUACAGGGAAGCAAUGGACCAAACCCGGAUGGUUCUCGACGUCGAGCGCAUGAACCUGAUGACGCUGGACAAUAAAUUUCAAGAAACCCUCGAGAUGACUCAAAAGAGAAGCCACCGAGAGCAGUAUGAGAUCAUAAAGGGCAUGAGCAAAGCCCCAAUGAGCAACACCCAACGGACCAUUCGUUACAUUCAUGAUAUUCUGGCGGCUUACUAUGCAGUGGCAUCCAGGCGGUUCGUUGAUAAUAUCUGUAUGCAAGCCACCGGCUGCUGUCUGCUCACCGGACCACGCAAACCGCUUGGACUUUCCUCGCCCCAAUUUGUUGCGGACCUGACGGAAGACCAGCUAGCUGAUAUUGCGGGGGAAAAUGCAGCACUGAGCCGGAGACGCACGCAACUGAAGAAAGGGAUUCAGGACCUGGAGACUGGUCGAAAGAUCACGAUGUAG